CAGGGGCAGACUGACCAUUUGGAAACCCGGGCACCGCCCGAGGGCCAGGGGUCAGUAGGGGGCCCCAUGAGAUGCCCCUGGUACCUUUUUCAUAGGCUUUUUGAGUUUGGGCAGGGACACAGGGGUCCCAUGAUCCCCUAUUGCCCGGGGGCCCCAUGAGUUGUCAGUCCGCCCCUGUGAUACCUGUCAAUGCCCAUCGGUGCCUCCUCACCAGUGCUGCCUAUCAGUGCCCAUCAGUGCAGGCUAUCAGUGCCCAU